AUGACGGUGAUGAUGGAUGAUGACGAAGAUGAUGAUGAUGAUGAUGAUGAUGGUGAUGGUGAUGAUAACGGUGACAAUGAUGAUGACGGUGAUGGUGAUGGUAACGGUAGGGGUGAUGAUGACGGUGGUGGUGAUGGGGAUGGUGAAAGUGACGGUGACGGUGACGAUAAGGAUGAGGAUGAUGAUGACGAAGAUGAUGAUGAUGAUGAUGAUGAUGGUGAUGGUGAUGAUAACGGUGACAAUGAUGAUGACGGUGAUGGUGAUGGUAACGGUAGGGGUGAUGAUGACGGUGGUGGUGAUGGGGAUGGUGAAAGUGACGGUGACGGUGACGAUAAGGAUGAGGAUGUAAAUGAUGACGAUGAUGAUGAUGAUGAUAACGAUGAGGAUGAUGACGAAGAUGAUGAUGAUGAUGAUGAUGAUGGUGAUGGUGAUGAUAACGGUGACAAUGAUGAUGACGGUGAUGGUGAUGGUAACGGUAGGGGUGAUGAUGACGGUGGUGGUGAUGGGGAUGGUGAAAGUGACGGUGACGAUGAUGACGAUGAUAAUGACGAUGAUCAUAAUGAUGAUGACGAUGAUAAUGAUGAUGAUGAUGAUGAUGAAGAUGGUAAUGAUGAUAAUGACGAUGGUGGUGAUGAUGAUGAUGGUGACGGUGAUGUUGAUAAUGAUAGUGAUGGUGACAGUGACGACGAUGAUGACGAUGACUUUGACGUUGAUAAUGACGGUGAUGAUGGUGAUGAUGAUGGUGCCGGUGACAGUGACGAUGAUGGUGAUGAUGACGAUGACGGUGAUAAUGACGGUGAUGAUGAUUGUGAUGAUGAAGAUGUUGGUGAUGAUGAUGAUGAUAGUGAUGAUGAUGCUGACGAUGAUGAUCAUGAUGAUGAUGAUGAUGCUCACGUUAGCAUAACGUGA